UCAGGUGAAACAGGCCAUUAAAGGUAAUAACUUUCAAAAUUAUACGUUUUUUAUUGCUUGUAACUUUAUAGAUAUAUGUGAACUUUAUUAAAUAAGCCAAGUACAGCCAACAUCAAACAUCUGGAGCAAUGACGAUUUGUAUGUGGUAUGUACAAGUCUAUAUAUGAUUUGUAUCAAUAUCUUUUAUAGGAUGCAAUUUUUCUUGCAAUGACUUAAAUCCCAAAUACUUGAUUGAUUAGGAAAUCCCAAAUACUUGAUUGAUUAGAAAUUCUAGUGGAUGGUGUGCUUUUGCGUGAUAUUUUAAGGAACCUUUAUUGAAAGGAUUGAACUACUUUGGGGGGAGUUUAGAAUAGGAGGGGAUUGUCUGCAGAUGAAGUAUUGGAUACAAGAUGCCAGCGAUUAGUCCCUGCUUUGCAGUUUCCAGGAAAUUGAUAUCUACUGUGGACAAUGAAUGAAUGACAGCUGUUUCAUUCUGAGUUAGUAUUACUGUGUGAUGGAUGUAGCACCAGUGAGCAAUGGCCGGAAGUCAAGAGGGGGGGUUCUACAGCACGGGAGGACCUAUCAACCAGUGGACACCACCGAGCACCAGGAACCUGCCGUCUCCACAGGCCACGCCUCCAGUCCGGAUAAUAAUGGAGACUGUAACAAACAGACUCUCAGCUCGGAGUGUUCCAACAUCCUGGGUGAGGAGGGGAGGUCUAGUAAGACAUUCUCUCUGUGUAAGAUAUCGCGCGAUAAGAAGAUUCUUCUGCUGAUGAUGGCGGUGUGUAACUUUUGUGCAGCGGCCAACUUUUCUUUACUUGGACCUUUUUUUCCAGAAGAGGCAAGUAAGAAGGGGACCAGCCAAACAGUUAUAGGACUAAUAUUUGGGAUUUUUGAAUUGGUAUCCUUCCUGGCCUCACCAAUCAUUGGAAGUUAUAUGACAAAAAUAGGGACAAAGUUUCUGUUUGUUGCUGGUGUGUCUGUGAGUGGAAGUUGUACCAUAUUGUUUGGUGUCCUGUACUACAGUCCAGGAGGAUUCCCGUUCAUCGUCCUCUGUUUUUUGUGCCGUACGAUGGAAGCUCUGGGAUCUGCAGCCUUUGUGACAUCCAGUUAUGCCAUCCUCGCGAAUGCAUUCCCAAAUUAUAUUGCCACAGUAGUGGGAUACUUGGAGCUGUUUACAGGGGUUGGAAUGAUGGUGGGACCAGCUCUUGGUGGGGCUUUCUACUCAUUGUUGGGGUAUGGUCUUCCAUUUUACAUAUUGGGCAGUGUCAUGAUAGUGUCAGGAAUCCUCAGUUACUUCAUCAUGCCAAAACUGAACAGUGCUCACAAGACACUGUCCAUUUCUGUCCUCCAUUUACUGAAGAGUUCCAUGGUGUGGUUCAUCGCUGCUUGUAUUGUCAGUGGAUCCUAUACCAUUAGCUACAUGGAGGCCACACUGGCAAAUCACCUACACAAACUGGGUAUGAGUACAGUGUCGGUGAGUCUGAUGUUCCUUAUUCCACCUGCGCUUUACGCCAUUACCUCCCCUAUCUGGGGAUGGAUAUCAGAUUCCAAGAACUAUGUGAUGUCCCUAGUCACGGCAGGUGCUCUGCUGGCCUCCAUCUUCUUCAUCACUUUAGGACCUUCACCAUUUCUUCCUUUCCUCCCAUUCACCUUAUGGCUGGUGUCGCUGUCACUGGUUGGGAUCGGGAUCUUCCUCAGCUGUCUCUUGAUUCCCAGUUUUACAGCAAUCCUUGAUGGAGCAGAGCGGCUAGGAAUGGAGGAUAACCUGAACACAUUCGGUAUCGUGUCGGGAUUCUUUAACUCCUGUUAUUCCUUGGGAGCCUUUGCUGGUCCAAUCUCUGGCAGUGCCUUGGUGGAUACGGCAGGCUUUGGCUGGGGGUCGACACUCUGUGCUGGUCUACUCGUUGUAUCCGGACUGGUGCUCUUGGUAUAUGUGGCAAUCAACAGAAAACAUUUUGAUAAGGCCAAAACCUUGUUGCAGAGACAGAGAAAAUUUUCUUUCAGGCGUACCAGGAGUUUGACGGACAUAGAAAUGACUAGUGGAUUUGUCGACAAAGAAGAGGCUGAAACGGAUUGAUAUUCAUGUUAGAUCCAAGUCAUAUUUUAAUAUAUAUGAACUUAAUAGAACAAGGGAAAACAUUGCAUUGUACAUAGCCAAACCUUUCAUCAGUGUAAAUUCCAUUAACUAUUUCAUUAACUAUAUACUGACAGUGUGUGUUUCAUAUUUCUAAUACUUAAUAUUUCAAGGAUGUAUAGUAUUAUGUACAGCUCUCCUGUUUUACGAAAAGAUGUGCAAUCAUUGGUGAUAACAAUCUUAUGUGUAAGGAAUAAAAUAUACAUACAUAAUUAA